AUGGUCUUGCAAGCAUUUAACAUGUAUUUUUCAUCGCUAUCCCAAAAUAAUGCAUGGUGCGAUGUGGUAAGGACUGAUGGACAAGACAGACGUAAUAUUUUGAAACGGUUGCGCCUCGGUCAGUUUGUUACUGAGCGGCGUGGAGCACACUUCGAAGAUAUAUGGAACGAUGGCUAUCUUUUCAUCGACUUGAACAAAAAGCUUCAGCAGAUCAAUAUGGAAAGGGAGGAGCUUGUCAAGGCCAGCCAGCUGCUACGGAAACGAAAGCCGUUAUCCAGUGGAAGUGCUUAUGGCAAAAGGCAGUUCUCAUCGCAGUCCUCCGUUGUUGUUCAAACCAAUUGCUCAAAUUCCAACGACGGUUUCGCGAAGCCGGAGCCUGUGCGCGAAAUGUCGGCGCAGGAGUACUACGAACAAGAGGAAAUUUAUCGACUAAGAAAGGAGCAGCUUAAGAAGGAGGAAGCCGAAUUGCAGGGCGAACUCGAUAGAUUAGACCGGGAGCGUAAUCUGCAUAUUCGCGAACUGAAACGGGUUCAGAACGAAGACCAGUCAAGAUACAAGGACCACGUGACGCUUAAUAAUCGUUUCUUGUUACUGUCGCUUCUUGGUAAAGGCGGGUUUAGUGAAGUUUGGCGCGCGUUUGACCUUGAAGAACAGCGGUAUGUCGCUUGUAAGAUCCACCAGGUGAAUCGUGAAUGGAAAGAAGACAAAAAGGCGAACUACGUUCGACACGCGUUGCGCGAAAAGGACAUCCACAAGACGCUUGACCACGCACGCGUUGUCAAACUGUACGACGUGUUCACGAUCGACCUGAACUCAUUUUGUACGGUGCUCGAAUACUGCGACGGCAACGACCUCGACUUUUACCUGAAGCAAAACAAGUCGAUCCCUGAAAAAGAGGCACGGUCGAUCAUUAUGCAGGUAGUCAGCGCCUUGAAGUAUCUGAACGACAUUAAACCGCCGGUCAUUCAUUACGAUUUGAAACCAGGUAUUGCUUGUUCUUCUUUAGUUCAGUUUCCAGUUCUCUUGAGUGUGUGUGCUCUGCUCCAUUUUGACAUUGAGCGAACCGUCUGCCAUGCUCCACUGCCGGCGAACCCUGGCCUUUUAAUUAGUCACAUAAUGUUUUAA